AGGCCAAGACCGAAGCUUCUGGGAGCGCAAGUACAUGAACUUCAUGCAGCUUAACCUGGCACAGGUCCAGGACGCGGUCCGUGCAGAGUGCCUCUACCAUGGUCCCACCGUCCGCCUCGUGUCAGCGCUGGCAUCGCCGGUGCUGCCGCUGGUGAUGCUGCUGGCAUGUUCAACGCUGGAGCUCCUGAAGCCUUCCCUAGGUGUCAGCAUGGCCUUCAAGGUUCUGGCACUGUUCUACAUCGGCGGAGCUCAGCAAUCGAGCGACCUCUUCCGUUGCCAAACGGUAGAUGGAGGUGGUGAUUCUCUGGGCGACUACGCGUUUCUGCAGAAGCUACCAUUCAUCUCGUGUUGCGAGAACUCGGGCAUAUCACAAUUGGUGCACGUCACGGGCUGUGUCACGGCCUUGUUCUAUGUCUUCAUUAUCCCAGCUGCCAACCUGCACCUCUUCGUCCGCCAGUACGUUGUAUUGAAGCCGAGCAAGACGGUGAUGGCGGUUGCCGAGCAGACAACGGCGGGGUGGCUGGCCAGGCUGCAGCCCCUCCGCCAAACCAAAGGCAGACCACAGGAUCACGAGCACCUGCUUGCUGCCGCGGUGGCGCAUAUGGCGGUUGCGCUCCGCGGCCAGGUACGGCUGCAGCUGCGCGAUGGCCAGGCGGAGAUGAGAACUGCGGAGGAAGAGUUUCACACCGAUGCCGAGCUGAAUGUGAGCGGAUUCCUUGAGACUGACGACUCGACCACGCAGACGUUGCGCUCCCGGGCCAUCAUGGAGAUGCUGGUGGAGCGUUGUGAGAUGGAGAGGGUCUCAACACAGGACCGCCUUUUGGGUGGCGCCAAGAAGACGUUCUUCCAGUAUGCCUUUUGCCGCUACUUCUGGAUGCAGUUCGUGGAGAAGCUCCUGGCCGUAGCCCUUCUGGCGGUGGUUUCCACGGAUAACGCCCUGCACCUGGUGCUGGCCAUCGUUCUGGUCAUGGCGGCCACCAUUGCCAUGGUUCGGCCCUACCUGCAGCCGCAGAUGAACGAUUUGCAGUGCCUCUCCAUGAUUUGUCUUGCCGGGGCGGCCAUUGGCUUCUCCGCUGGGACUUCCGGGGAUGCGCAUUGGCUCUGGCUGAGCCGCGUGUCCUUUCUGCUGCCCUUUCUGCUGGCCGCUACGCAGGUGCUGCAGCCGGACAGCUGCGAGGCACUCGCCGCGCGCCUGUACCAGGAGGCCCGCCAGAAGCUGCCAGAGCUAAAGGAGGAGAAGGAAGUGGAGCUGAUGGUGGAGAUGGUGAGCUUCCUUUGAGCCUCUUUGGGUGUUUCUGGUUUGUACUGUCCGUGUUUGGCGGUUUCAGAGGCUGACGAAGUCUGCCCACCUCAUACCAUGCCGCUGCCUGAAGGACA